GCGCGUACGAUCGAGGAUCGGCGGCGCUUUAAUUACUAAUGGCGCUGCUGCUGCUGGCUGUCGCUGCGUCUCCGCCCCUGGCCUGGAACGCCUCACCACUCCACAGUCCGAUCAGCGACAGGAUGGCCAUUUGUCAUAUGAAUGUCAGGCCAUUUGUCAGACGAAUGUCAGGCCAUUUUAUUUCAUCGUUACGGUCAGCAGCAGUAAAGCUACCCUCAAUACCGCCCCCCCGGCAUCUGCUUCUCCUGCACCUUGGGUCUUUGCGCUGCUCUGCAUUCACUAUUCGUACUACGGCCAAUCUUUAGUCAUCCGGCUGGGACUCUUUUCAGUUGCCACCUUGGCAGUAUCAGUGGCCAGUGCAUAUUACUUACACAUCGUCAUCAUGAAACAGCGCAGCCGGGCAUUUUCAUUACAUACCAGUGAUGCAGACGUUGCGUAAUCAUGGUACAUAUCUCGGCAGUCCUGGACUCUUUGCAUCGGCGCUGCUCCAGACCCGCUCGAGACUACUCUGCGGAGUGCACGUAUCUCAAAGUCUGCCACGCCGCGUCUGUCAAUGCGUUCCGGGAUCUGCUCCAGAAAGAAAAAGCAGA